UACACAGGUAGUUAUGGCUGCAGAGUCUGUACGCAGGCGUCCUGGAAAGGAUAAAACCACAAACCAUGCCACAAAAACAAAAAAGAAGGAAGAGAAGCCAGGUGGGAUCAACAAAUGGAUUGCAGGACUGUGCGCACUGCUGCUGACGAUAGCGCUGGUGCGCGUUCUCUACAUAAAACCCAACAACCUCACUUCACAGUCGUACCUCCCUUUAGUGUAUCCAGAGUGUUGUACUGGAACUGAGGAACAACUCACAAGACUUUGGGGAAGUUACCGUCCACAGGUAUAUUUUGGAAUCAGACCCCGAAUACCAGAAUCUGUGAUAUUUGGACUAAUGUGGAUGCCAGUGUACAACCCCGAGUACGUUCUUAACCACGACUUCCGCCACACAUCCGAGCAGAGUGACCUCAAGUCCUUCACCUGGACCCACCACGAUGGCAACAAAUUUGGUAUCCAGAUGCUGCAGGAUAAAGGUUACGUUCUGGAAACUAGUUUUGCUAAAACUAACGUCAUGCUCCAGGACUGGUCAGCGAGAGUGAAAGUGCGCGCAACCGGCGCUGCGGAGUCUCCGCAAGCUAUUCACUUGUACUGGUAUCUUGGUAUCGAGCACAACCAGUCCAAAGUCAGGAUAUCUCGGAUACCCAAUGGUUUCUCUGUCUACGGGGAAACAGCUGAACUUGGGAAAUUUCACAUGAGGUACAAAACAGUUAACGCUAACGUGAAGGUGAUGCACAACGCGUACAACUGUGGUGAUAACGUACCUCUCCACCUACUGACAGACUAUGUUAAGGGCAAGCUAAAACCUAUACCCUACACUGGGCGAGGUCCUGUGGUAACUCCCAUUAUAGUAGCAUUUGAUCCUGCCUCUACGACGUGCAGUGAAUCCAGUAAUAUUGUUAUCAUGCAGCUUACACUUCCGCUACCAGCUGAAGUAGAGAUUGUGUAUGAGAACUUGAAUAUCGAGAGAACUGUCACUCUUGAGGGAGCUUACUUUGAUUCUCUUAUUAAAACUUACAUGGAUGACUUUAAUCAGAAGUUUGAAGAUAAGUUUCAGCUUAAAUCUAAGGGUUAUAAAGAUGAAUAUGUAACGUUUGCUAGGAGUACUUUUAGUAAUCUUAUUGGUGGUAUUGGGUAUUUUUAUGGUAAAUCUAUUGUAAAAUCAUCAGAGGUUGAGAAGCCGGUGUAUUACUGGCCUGCAGCACUUUACUCAGCUGUUCCUUCUAGAUCAUUCUUCCCUCGAGGAUUCCUCUGGGACGAGGGAUUCCACCAGCUUUUAAUCAGCAAAUGGGACAACACUAUUAGUCUGGAAGUUAUCGGACAUUGGUUGAACCUCAUGAACGCAGACGGGUGGAUACCACGAGAACAGAUUCUCGGAAAUGAAGCUCUUAUGAAGGUACCCAAGGAGUUUGUAGUUCAGAACGCUGACUACGCAAAUCCACCAACAAUGUUCCUAGCUCUGGAUUCCAUGUUCAAUUCCAUGCAGCCCUCUGAAAUACUCGACCAUCACUCAACGUUAAAGAAAGUGUUCCACAGACUAACCUUGUGGUACAACUGGUACAAUACCACCCAGAUAGGACCUGAACCUACCACCUACCGAUGGAGGGGCCGGAAUGGAACUACCGACAGAGAACUUAACCCUAAAACUCUGACCAGUGGUUUAGAUGACUACCCUCGUGCUACACAUCCCACUGACGAGGAGUACCAUGUGGAUCUGCGCUGCUGGAUGGCGUUCGCUUCUAGAUCUCUUACUAAUCUUGGAGAUCUUCUCGGAAUUAAUGUUGAUAAGUACAGAGAAACAGCCGAGAUUCUGUCGGAUAACGAGUUAUUAAAGAAGCUUCAUUGGACGGGAGAUUACUUCGCUGACUAUGGACUCCACUCCGAGAUAGUCGGACUUAAAGACACCAGAGUCGGACCAAACAUAGAGAAACGGCGAGUUGUCCGGAAACUUCCCCAACCACAGUUUGUAAAAGUACAGGGCUACAUAAACCUGUUCCCCUUCAUACUGAUGAUCCUGGAACCCACUUCCCCCGAGUUGGGCCACAUUCUCUCUACCCUAAAAUCAGAUAACUCCAUCUGGAGCCCCUACGGACUAUGCUCCGUGGGUAGAUCAGACCCCUACUACCUGAAGUACAACACCCAACAUGACGCCCCCUACUGGCGGGGUCCUGUCUGGAUUAACAUCAACUUCCUCGCUAUCAGAGCACUGGACCACUAUGCUAAAGUAGAGGGUCCUUACAAAGAUAUCAGUAAGAAGUUGUACACAGAGCUGAGGAGGAACGUUGUUGAGAACAUGUACAGAGAGUUCUCCAAGACAGGGUUUAUAUGGGAGCAGUAUAACUGUCAGACCGGUAAAGGGCAAAGUGUGCACCCUUUUACUGGGUGGAGCAGUCUGGUGGUCCUCAUCAUGGGCGAACAGUUCUAGAUCUUAUCACGUGGUAAUGUCACGUGGUCUUGUUUUUCUGUGUGUUUGCUGGUUUUGGAAUUAUUAUUGUUUUUUGUUUUUUUCAGAUCGGUGCAGAUUUCAACUUAUGAUGUGAAAUGUAGCUUGCUUUUUUUUGAGUUUUUGAUGGUAUAUACCUAAUGUAUGGGUGCAAGCAUGAUAUGUAUAAUUUUAAUUAUCGAUAUUAUUUUCGCUAUGUGUGAGUUUUCACUUUUCUUGAUGUUUUUGUGGCGGGCCCUUGAUAUUAUUUGAUAGCUGUUAUUGUAUCCUUUUACAGUUUUGCCAACUUUUCUUAAUAAUUUAUUAUUAUUGCGUUAGAAAUAGAAAUUGGGGCUAUUUUUUCAUUGUAAGUGAACAGGUUUUAUUUACCCACAAUACAUAAUAAUAUGAUACCAUAAUUUGCCGAAAUUGAUUUUUCAAUACCAUCUUAUCGGCUUUUGCGCUGCGCAGUUUUUUCAAUCAAGUUUUGCGAUUAAAUUAUUUGCGAAUUGUUAAUUCUUCUGAUUUUCUCUUUGAGUAGAUAAAUAUGAUUAUUUUAAUCAGACAACGCUUGAAGAUUACUUCGGUUAAUGAUUGUAUAUUGUAUCUCAUGUUUAACAAGUUUCAUGCUACGUUACAAUAAUUUAAUGUUGAUUUCAGAGUUUUGCCGUUUGAAAUAUUAUUACUAAUUUAAACUUAGGUAAUUGAUCGGUGUAC